AUGAGCGCCGGAACCGUCGAAGUAGGCCGAGGCCAAGCCGAGAAGGAGCAGGGGCAGCUGCUCACUCAGUCCACCAACUCCGCGUCGUGCACCAUCACCGUCACGGACCUGUCGGCCAUCAACGUGGCCGUCGCCGCCGCGUGCGUGUGGGGCGCCACCGGCGCCGCGUACACCAGCGCGAGCAUCAGCGGCACGUGGGGGCUGUAUGAAGACCUCACCCCGGACCUGUCAGAGCUGGCGUCCUACUGGUCGAUCGGCGACGAGUACACCGUCUCAAUGACGGCGACCUCGACGUGCAGCUCGAGCCAGAACCUGGGCUUCGAGGGCGGCGGGGUCGGCUACUUUCAAGUGACCGUCCCCGCCAACGCCGUCAACGUCCGCGUCUCGGCGACGGACACGGUGAGUGUGACGGGCACCGUGAACGCUGGCUUCCAGUCCAGGUCCACCAACUCCGCGUCGUGCACCAUCACCGUCACGGACCUGUCGGCCAUCAACGUGGCCGUCGCCGCCGCGUGCGUGUGGGGCGCCACCGGCGCCGCGUACACCAGCGCGAGCAUCAGCGGCACGUGGGGGCUGUAUGAAGACCUCACCCCGGACCUGUCAGAGCUGGCGUCCUACUGGUCGAUCGGCGACGAGUACACCGUCUCAAUGACGGCGACCUCGACGUGCAGCUCGAGCCAGAACCUGGGCUUCGAGGGCGGCGGGGUCGGCUACUUUCAAGUGACCGUCCCCGCCAACGCCGUCAACGUCCGCGUCUCGGCGACGGACACGGUGAGUGUGACGGGCACCGUGAACGCUGGCUUCCAGUCCAGGUCCACCAACUCCGCGUCGUGCACCAUCACCGUCACGGACAUGUCGGCCAUCAACGUGGCCGUCGCCGCCGCGUGCGUGUGGGGCGCCACCGUCGGCGCCGCGUACACCAGCGCGAGCAUCAGCGGCACGUGGGGGCUGUACGACGACCUCACCCCGGACCUGUCAGAGCUGGCGUCCUACUGGUCGAUCGGCGACGAGUACACAGUCUCAAUGACGGCGACCUCGACGUGCAGCUCGAGCCAGAACCUGGGCUUCGAGGGCGGCGGGGUCGGCUACUUUCAAGUGACCGUCCCCGCCAACGCCGUCAACGUCCGCGUCUCGGCGACGGACACGGUGAGUGUGACGGGCACCGUGAACGCUGGCUUCCAGUCCAGGUCCACCAACUCCGCGUCGUGCACCAUCACCGUCACGGACCUGUCGGCCAUCAACGUGGCCGUCGCCGCCGCGUGCGUGUGGGGCGCCACCGGCGCCGCGUACACCAGCGCGAGCAUCAGCGGCACGUGGGGGCUGUAUGAAGACCUCACCCCGGACCUGUCAGAGCUGGCGUCCUACUGGUCGAUCGGCGACGAGUACACCGUCUCAAUGACGGCGACCUCGACGUGCAGCUCGAGCCAGAACCUGGGCUUCGAGGGCGGCGGGGUCGGCUACUUUCAAGUGACCGUCCCCGCCAACGCCGUCAACGUCCGCGUCUCGGCGACGGACACGGUGAGUGUGACGGGCACCGUGAACGCUGGCUUCCAGUCCAGGUCCACCAACUCCGCGUCGUGCACCAUCACCGUCACGGACCUGUCGGCCAUCAACGUGGCCGUCGCCGCCGCGUGCGUAUCCCCGCCGCCGUCUGCCUCUGUUCGGCAGGACCCUCAUUUACACUUCGCGCAUGGGGGCCAGGCUGAUUUCAGGGGUCGUAAUGGUGUGUACUAUGCCUUCUACUCUGGCCCUUAUCUGGCGGUGAACGUCAAGACCCAAGAUGCGUCCUUUUGGCUCCACGGUGGCAAGCUUUUAGUCCACGGGAGCUUUCUGACCGAGGUUCACGUGGUCGCCCGCUCCACUAGCAGCACGGCCCUUGCGCUCGCCUCCUUUUGGGCUGAGGAGCUGAACCCGGAGAAUUGGGGUUGGAAUGUUGUCAACGGGACCUGCAAGCGCCACUACUUUAAGAUCGGCAAGUGGGGAAGGAAGCAGUGUGACCGUCUUAGCGUUGAAAUGACGUUCUCCACGGCCACCUUUACCCUUGGCAACUGGACGGUCACUGCACGGGGCAACCAUGUUUACAACUGGAUCUCGGGGCCCAAACACCGCAUUGAUGUCAGCUUCAGUGCGAGGGGCGACGCCCCCGUGCGAUCACUCGCGCACGGAAUCAUCGGGCAGUCCUUUGCAUCAGCAGAACCAAGGUACGGCCUGCGAGACGAGUACCCCAAGGCGGGCGAGUUCACAACCUCGGCCAUGGCAGAGGGCGCGAUCGAGGGGGAGGCCGCAAUCUACCCGUUUGAGGGUGCGCCAAAUGGCGGGCAUUUCUUUGCGCUCGAUCUGUGA